AUGGACGCUGCAGCUCUGGAAGUUGCACGACUCGUGCUACGACAGGACCCAGGGUCCGGGGCGGACACAACGCCUACCUGUGAAGGGUCCAACGACUACGACGGACGCAUGGGUGUUCGUAUAUCAGCGGUUUUUGUGAUCCUCAUGGGUUCAACAUGGGGUGCCAUAUUUCCAACGUUCGCCAAACGUGCAAGGACCAAGCUUGUGCCUGCCUGGACCUUCUUCGUCGCCAAAUACUUCGGUUCCGGAGUCAUUAUUGCUACAGCAUUUAUUCACCUACUCGCUCCUGCAAACGAAGCCCUUGGGAAUCCAUGUCUUGUGGGCCGAACCAUCUCUUCUGACACGUACCCAUGGCCUGAGGCAAUCGCCCUAAUGACGGCCUUUGUCAUGUUUUUCCUCGAACUGAUGACCAUGCGCUACGCCAAGUUCGGAGGCGAUCAUGGCCACGACCAUGGCGACAGCCACUCUCACAGUCACUCCCACUCCCACAGCCACGAUGACGAGCACAGUCUGGAAGACAAGCGCAUCCCCCGAGAAGAAACAGAACCCAGACCCUCGCACGUCCGCGGUGAAGACCACCUUGGCCAUCAGCGCGACCACGUGGACAACUCGACACUCGACCCCAACUGGGAAUCCAGAGGCAUCAUCCCCGAGACCUACGCUGCUCAGCUUACCGCCGUCUUCAUCCUUGAAUUUGGUGUCAUCUUCCACUCUAUCUUCGUCGGCCUAACCCUUGCCGUUGCCGGCGAAGAAUUCAUUACUCUCUACAUUGUCAUCGUCUUCCACCAGACAUUCGAGGGUCUCGGUCUGGGCGCCCGUCUCGCCGAGGUUCCAUGGCCGAACAGCAAGCGCUGGACACCGUACCUGCUAGGUCUGGGCUACGGAAUCUCGACACCGAUUGCCAUUGCCAUUGGCCUUGGUGUGCGAACCACCUUCUCUCCCGAGUCGGCGACCACACUCAUUGUCAACGGUAUCUUUGACUCCAUCAGUGCUGGUAUCCUCAUCUACACCGGCCUGGUAGAGCUGAUGGCGCACGAGUUCAUGUUCAGCCCGUACAUGCAGAAGGGUCCUGUGAGCAGGACGCUGUACGCUUUCGGGAUGAUGCUUCUCGGCGCUGGUCUCAUGGCUCUGCUCGGCUACUGGGCGUAA